AUGAAGACGAUCACAGGAAAAGUCGUAUUGAUGAAGAAAAAUUUCUUGGAUAUCAACAAUCUAAAUGCAUCUGUUUUGGAUCGACUUUGCGAAUUGUUGGGAAAACAUGUUACAUUACAAAUUGUUAGUGCACAUCGUCAUCAAUCAUCAGAAGCGAAGAUAGGAAAGCCUGCGAAGUUGGAAGACUGGAUUACUACUAUCUCCCCUUUGCCGAAUGGUGAAUCAUCCUAUAAAGUAACAUUCGAAUGGGAUGAAGAUAUGGAUGUUCCUGGGGCAUUUCUUAUCCAGAAUCAUCAUCAUAGUGAGCUUUAUCUUAAGACGCUUACCCUUGAAGAUGUUCAUGGCCAUGGCCGAGUCCAUUUUGUGUGUAAUUCGUGGGUUUAUCCUACAAAGUGUUACAAAAAAGAUCGCAUUUUUUUUGCUAACAAGGCAUAUCUUCCUAGCGAGACUCCUAGAUAUUUACAAUCAUACAGAGAGGAAGAGCUGAAAACUAAAAGAGGAAAUGGAAAUGGCAUGCUUGAAGAAUGGGACAGGGUUUAUGAUUACGCAUAUUAUAACGAUUUGGGAGAUUGUGAUAACAAUAUCCGCCCCAUUCUUGGAGGUUCUUCAGAGCACCCGUAUCCUCGUAGGGGUAGAACUGGUCGACCCCUAUUAACAGAUCUUAAAACGGAGAGCAGGCUUCCGUUAAUAAAGAGCUUAUCUAUAUAUGUUCCAAGAGACGAACGGUUUGGACAUUUGAAGUUGUCUGAUUUUCUUGCUUAUGGUCUAAAGUCUCUUUUUCAAUUGAUGAUCCCCGAGAUUCUGGACCGGAUAGACAACACUCCCAACAAAUUUGAUUCGUUUGAAGAUAUGAUGAAGCUUUAUGAAGGAGGAAUUAAGUUGCCUGAAUGCCCUUUACUUGAUUACCUUAAACAAUACAUUCCUUUUGAAAUGCUAAAGAUACUGCUUGAAACAGAUAGUACUGGAAUUGCAAAAUACCCAAAGCCACAAGUCAUAAAAGAGGACAAAUCUGCAUGGAGGACAGAUGAAGAAUUUGCAAGAGAAAUGUUGGCCGGAAUAAAUCCUGUUAACAUCUGUCGUCUGAAAGAGUUCCCUCCUGUAAGCAAGUUGGACGUCAAAGUCUAUGGCAAACAAAACAGUUCCAUAAAACCACACCACAUCGAGAAAAACCUACAUGGUUUAAAAGUAGACGAGGCAUUAAAAGCAAAUAAGUUGUUCAUACUAGAUCAUCAUGACACACUGAUGCCAUACUUGAGGAGAAUAAACAAAACUAAAAACAAGAUCUACGCCUCACGAACUCUGCUUAUGUUACAAAAUGAUGGAACCCUAAAACCAUUAGUAAUUGAGCUUAGCUUGCCACAUCCUGAAGAAGAUAAACUUGGUUGCAUUAGCAAUGUGUACACCCCGUCUGAAAAUGGAGUAGAAGGUUCGGUUUGGCAGUUGGCAAAAGCUUACGUGGCUGUUAACGAUUCUGGGAUUCAUCAACUCAUUAGUCACUGGUUGUGUACACAUGCGGUUGUUGAGCCAUUUGUGAUUUCUGCAAAUAGGCAACUAAGCGUACUCCACCCAAUAUAUAAGCUUCUCUACCCUCAUUUCCGAGAUACAAUGAAUAUCAACGCUUUUGCAAGGCAAAUCCUGAUCAAUGGUGGAGGUAUCCUUGAGUUAACGGUAUUUCCUGGAAAAUAUGCUAUGGAAAUGUCUUCUUUGUUGUAUAAGGAUUGGAACUUCCUUGAACAAGCACUCCCAAAGGAUCUUGUCAAAAGGGGAAUGGCAGUUGAAGACUCACAUUCUUCUCAUGGACUUCGGCUACUAAUUCAGGAUUACCCAUAUGCAGUUGACGGGCUUGAGAUUUGGUCAGCCAUCAAAUCAUGGGUAGAUGAUUACUGUAAAUUCUACUACAAGAACGAUGAUAUCAUUAGAAACGACAAGGAACUUCAAUCAUGGUGGAAAGAACUACGAGAAGAGGGACAUGGUGACAAGAAACACGAGAUCUGGUGGCCUAAAAUGGAUUCUCGUCAAGAACUAAUAGAUAUGUGUACUACAUUCAUAUGGGUGGCUUCUGCUCUUCAUGCCGCUCUAAACUAUGGGCAGUACCCUUAUGCCGGCUAUCUGCCUAAUCGUCCAACUCUAAGUCGUAGGUUUAUGCCCGAACCAAAUACUCCCGAGUAUGACGAACUUAGAAAGAAUCCUGAUAAUGUUUUCUUGAAAACCAUCACUCCCCAACUGCAGACGCUUCUUGGGGUUGCGCUGAUCGAGAUAUUGUCAAGGCAUUCGUCAGAUGAAGUUUAUCUUGGACAAAGAGAGUGCCCUGAGUGGACUUUCGAUUCAGAACCUUUAAAGGCUUUUGAGAGAUUUGGUAAGAAGCUCGAGCAGACUGCAGAUAGAAUUCUAACAAUGAACAAUGACAAAAGGCUGAAGAAUAGGGUUGGACCAGUUAAAGUACCAUACACACUACUCUACCCAACUAGCGAAGAGGGACUCACCGGGAGGGGAAUUCCUAACAGUACCGCUAUGUGA